AUGGCGCCGUCGCUAUGGAAGGGGCUGGUGGGCGUCGGCCUCUUUGCCCUAGCCCACGCGGCCUUUUCCGCUGCUCAGCAUCGUUCUUAUAUGCGAUUAACAGAAAAGGAAGAUGAAUCACUGCCAAUAGAUAUAGUUCUUCAGACACUUCUGGCCUUUGCAGUUACCUGUUAUGGUAUAGUUCAUAUUGCAGGGGAGUUUAAAGACAUGGAUGCCACUUCAGAACUAAAAAAUAAGACAUUUGACACAUUAAGGAAUCACCCAUCAUUUUAUGUAUUUAAUCAUCGUGGUCGAGUGCUGUUCCGGCCUUCGGAUACAACAAACUCUUCAAAUCAAGAUGCAUUGUCCUCUAAUACAUCAUUGAAGUUACGAAAACUUGAAUCACUGCGUCGUUAA